GAUACUGUCAUUAGUCGAAACAAAAGAUGCCGUGGCCAUGAGCAUGUUGUCUAAACGAUGGAAGUCCCUUUGGACAUUGGUGCCAAGACUUAUAUUUGAAGAUUACUCAGACGAGGACAAGGAUGCUGAAACUAAAGAGAGACACUGGAGAGAUUUGUCACAUUUUGUUUAUGGGACUUUGCUAUAUCAUAAGGCACCUGUUCUUGAAACAUUUCAUCUCAACGUUGCUUCAGAUCGUCUUGCUUUGGAGGUUGAUUUAUGGAUUAGAAUUGCCGUGGAGCGUUUCGUGCGUGAUCUGAAGAUAAGUUUUAACUAUGAUCAUGGCCUUAUUAGAUUGCCGAGUAGCUUCUUUAGAUGUGAAACACUUGAGACCUUGGAACUCCACAGGGUGGUUCUUUUGGAAGUUCCUUCUCGGUUUAGCUUUCGAUCCCUCAGGACAUUGCGCCUUCGAUCUGUGAAAUACUCAGAUGAGGAACUUUUUUGUAGGAUUAUUUCCUGUUGUCCUGUUCUCGAAGAUUUGGAUGUAGAAAGUUGUAACAAUGAUAAUGUAGCAACUUUCACUGUCAAUGUACCAUCCCUUAGGAGUUUGACAGUUAGGAACUCGUUACUAGAAUGCAGACCUGAUAAUCAUUUGUUUUGUGAUACAUUCCCAUUCUUUAAAGCUCCUGAGCAUUUUAGAUUACUGUGGUGAAGUUAGUAUUAUCGGUAAUAUGCCAGAGCUUGUCGAGGCCAAUCUUCAAACUUUGAGCCGCCAUGAGAAUGUUCUGAAAUCUCUUAACUCUAUCAGACGCCUUUCUCUAUGCUUAGAUGUUGAGGCGCAGUAUCCUACUGGUAGCGUUUUCUUUCAACUUGUGCGUUUGGAGCUAUGUAUGUGCAUAGAGAAUUGGUCGAAUAUGUUUGUGUGUGUGCUCCAACAAUCCCCUAAACUACAAAUUCUCAAGCUUGCGGUGAACCAUUGGAUGGCUGUGGAUCGUAAAGGUGGCUGGAUUCAACCGAGCUUUGUUCCCGAAUGUUUGUUGUUGAAUAUCAAAACCUUUGAAUGGAGAGACUAUGAAGGAAGAGAAGAAGAGAAACAAAUGGCUAUGUAUAUUCUGAAGAACGCAAGACGGUUAUUGACCGCAACUAUCGACCUUGACUCGGUCAAAUUGUCGCGCAGACUUAAGGUGAUUGAGGAAUUGGUAUUUGCAAGCAGAGGCUCAAGAGCAUGUAAGCUGACAGUAUGCUGAAGAAAGUUUUCCAGUAAACUAGUUGGAUGUGGAUUUAGAUUAGAAGCUAUUAAGUAUAUAUCCUUGUUAAAAGAUUUGCUUUUUAUCUUUUUGAGUUUUGUCUUGUUAUGAUACAAAGCCUAGAGCUUUGUCAAUGUUUCGUCUGUAUUUACAAAUCUUGUCACCAUCUAAACUAAAUUAGUGACAAAAAAAAACAUAAAACUUUGUGUUUUUGGCUUAAAGAAAACAAAAGUAAAAAAUAUAUAUAUUUUCACUGACCCAUGAGUAGACCCAAUUCUCCACUUUAUCGUUAGUUUAAGACAUUGGAGCAAACUAAUUUAGAAUUUAGGGUUUAUCUCAGUUCUCAAAUGAUGAAGCGGUGAGAGGAGAAGUUACAUUUACACUGGUUAAAAUCAGGUGGUAAAGUCUUCAUCUUUUCUUCUUUGAGUUCGAGAUUACGGUAUUGACAAGUGAAAGGUUGUAAAAAGAAACUUAAGCUUUGGGGGAGUUCUUUGUGCUUGUAAUUACAACAUAUGGACAGGAUAAGUCAAUUGUCUGAUGAUUUGCUCAUCAAGAUACUGUCAUUAGUCGAAACAAGAGAUGCCGUGGCCAUGAGCAUUUGGUCUAAACGAUGGAAGUCUCUUUGGACAUUGGUGCCAAGACUUAUCUUUGGUGAUUACCCAGAGGAGAGGGAAGAUGAGGAUGAGACUCCAAAGACUAAUGAGAAUCAUUGCAUAAAUUUGUCACAGUUUGUUUAUGGGACUUUGUUAUUGCAUAAGGCGCCUGUUCUAGAAUGUUUUCAUCUCAACCGUGCUUCGGGAUGUAGCGCUUCCGAGAUUGAUUUAUGGGUUAGAAUUGCAGUUGAUCGUUUCGUGCGUGAUCUGACGAUAGGUUUUUGUUAUGAAUAUGGGCUUAUAAGGUUGCCGAGUAGGCUAUUUAGAUGUGAAACACUCGAGACUUUGGAACUCAAAAAGGUGAUUUUUUUGGAAGUUCCUUCUCAGAUUAGCUUUCAAUCCCUCAAGACGUUGCGCCUUUUGUUUGUGAAGUAUGCAGAUGAAGAAUCUUUCGUUAGGCUUGUAUCAAAUUCCCCUGUUCUUGAAGAUUUGGUUGUAGAAACUUGUCACGAUGACAAUGUGGCGACUUUUACUAUUAAUGUGCCUUCCCUUGAGAGUUUUUCCAUUAGGAAUACAUUGCAAGACUUGGAAACUGAGAAUGAUUUGUUUGUGGUACAUUACCAUUGUUUGAAGCAGUUCACCAUUGUGGACUACUUUGGUCAACUUAACUUGAUAGGUAAUAUGCCUAAACUUGUUGAGGCAAAUCUCUUAUCUGUGUCCUGCCAAGCCAAGGUUCUACAGUCUUUUACCCGUGUCAAACGUCUUUCUCUAUGCUUACCUAUAGAGCUUGUGAGUUUGGAGCUAUGUUUAUGUGAAAGUGACUGGACGAAUAUCCUUACGAGUGUGCUCCAACAUUCCCCUAAACUACAAGUUCUCAAGCUUGCGAUGAACCAUUUGAUGUGCGAGGAUCAUAAGGUUUGUUGGAUUCAGCCGAAUAGUGUUCCCGAAUGUUUGUUGUACCAUCUCAAAACCUUAGAGUGGAGGGACUAUGCAGGAACAGAAGUAGAGAAAGAAGUGGCGGUUUAUAUUUUGAAGAACGCGAGGAGACUAGAGACUGCAACUAUUUACCCUGACUCGGAUAAGUUGGUGCAGAAACAUCAGAUGUUUGAAGAAUUGGAAAUUGCUUCAAGGAAAUCAAGAGCAUGUGAGCUUACAAUGUGGUUAUCUCUUUACCAAAGAUUUAAAAGCUGUUAGACUUUGGAUUUUUAUCAGAAGCUUCUUAUAUAGUUGCUCUGUAUCUUGGACACUUAUUGGCUUUUGUCUGGAUUAUUGAUCAUGGUUCAAAAGUUCAAACAGAGCCUUUUAUUGUUCUGCCAAUAUAUUCAAAUUUGUCA